AUGGCUAGGCACGAGUUAUUGAGCUUCAUGGACGCAUACUCCAGUUACAAUCAAAUCCCCAUGCACCCGGCCGAUGAGGAACACCCAUCCUUCAUCACAGAUCGAGGUAAGACAAUGGAGGUCUAUGUAGAGGAUAUGUUGGUAAAGAGUUUGGAAGCUGGGGACCACACAACGCACUUCAACAGCACCUUCCAAAUCUUGAGAAGAUAUAGGAUAAGGUUCCAAAUCUUGAGAAGAUAUAGGAUGAGGCUCAACCCCCUCAAAUGCACUUUCAGAGUGGCCUCCGAUAAAUUUUUAGGAUACAUGGUCAACCAACGUGGUAUUGAAGCCAACCCUGAGAAGAUUGAGGCUCUAUGCAAGAUGAGAGGCCUUUCAGGGCUUGAAAAGGCACCUAGGGUAGGCCCCCUCCUCUCCAAACCAAAGCCCAGUAAAAUCCUACAGCUGUAUCUAGCCGUCUCCAAUGAGGCCAUUAGUGCGGCACUCCAAAAGCCCGAUACCUCAGGGAGAUUAUUGAAAUGGGCAGUGGAGCUAAGUGAGUUUGACCUCGUGUUCAAGGCUAGAGCAACCAUCAAGGGCCAAGCUUUAGCUGACUUUAUGGCAAAAUUCGCCAACUUACCCGAGGUGGACGAAAUCAUGGAACAAGCAGAGCUCCCAACGUGGAACCUAUUCGUUGAUGGGUCGACUGGGGACGUCGACUCGAGUGCCAGAGUUGUCCUCAUCAGCCCGAAAGGUCACAAGCUGAACUCGACAAUGAGGUUCGGGUUCAAGGCCACCAACAAUGUAACAGAAUACGAGGCGCUUCUCGCAGGCCUCAGAUUAGCCAAAGAAAUGCAAGUAAAGAGGCUACUCAUCAGUAAUGACUCCCAACCAAUCGUUAGCCAGAUCUCCCGCGUCGGAAACGCACAUGCGGAUGCACUCUCCAACCUUGCAAGUAGUAAAGAUUCCGAACUACUAACAGUAGUCCCUAUAGAGCACCUCCUCAUGCCGUCAACCGAGGUCCCCAAUGUAAUGUGGGUCACUGGGACUCCUACCUGGAUGCAGCCCAUCGUGGCAUACCUCAAGGACCAGGUACUUCCCACUGACAAGCAUAAGGCCUACAAGCUAAGGAAGAGGUCAGCCCAUUUCCUCUUCAUUGAUGAUGUACUCUAUAAGAGGAGCUCCUCCUCUCCACUUUUACGAUGCGUCGGAGGAGAAGAGGCUACCUACAUUUUAAGAGAAGUCCAUAAGGGUGUGUGCGGCAACCACUCUGGAGGUCUAUCUUUGGCACAAAAGAUACUGAGACAGGGGUACUACUGGCCUACCUUGAAAAGGGAUGCCCUCGAGUUUGUAUUAAAAUGA